AUGCUCACGUUGACCUGUAACGCGUCGUGCACUCAGGCGGUGUAUGACCAGGACGGUGAUAUCAUAGUCAUGUCGGCGUAUGAGCUGAACAAGGAUAGUCCCUGGUUGAUUGUCGUGAUCAUCCCAGCGGAAGAGUACCAGGGCGCGUACAAGAUCCUCUAUGCCGCCGCUCUCUUGGUGGUUAUCUGUGCAACCAUCAUGUCGGUGAUUGUCUCGGGGACCACUGUAUCACGCGUGUCAUCACAGUUG